AUGUUUGUUAUUGUCGUGGAGUGUAAGGAGCCAUGGCCUCCUGGUUUUUACCUCGUCCUCGGCUACAUCGGCCUGCUAGCCUUCAUCUGCCUCCUGCUGGCGUUCCUCGGUCGGAAGCUACCAGAUACUUUCAACGAAGCUAAAUUCAUCACCUUCAGCAUGCUGAUUUUUAUUGCUGUGUGGAUCUCUUUCAUUCCAGCGUAUGUUAGCUCUCCUGGGAAGUUCUCAGCUGCAGAAAAAAGAAAAGCUCUGAAAAUAGAAGAAGAUGGCGAGAAAGAAGAUGCCACAAGAGACACGCUGAAAGAGUUGAGGAAAGAGGAUGUAAAUGCUGUGAAUUCCAGUUUACCUCAUUGUGUCAACCUAGGAAAUACUGAGCCUCUAACUUUGCAGUUAGAAGGGGAUGUUGUUAUUGGAGGGAUGUUUCCUCUGCACUAUGUGGCCCCAGAACCAGAACAGAGCUACCACAGCAAACCCCAAAUGGCUGCUUGCAGUGGGUUUGACCCCCGAGCUUUCCGAUGGAUGAUGACCAUGGCGUUCGCUGUGGAAGAAAUAAACAAUAACUCUGAUCUGCUACAAGGCAUAAAGUUAGGUUAUCGUAUCGUGGACAGCUGUGACAGCAUCCACACCAGCUUGCAAGCUUUUUUCUCAUUAGUCAGUUUCUCAGAAGUUGUGUCAACACAACUUGGAUCUUUCAAAUGUUUGUCUGAAUCUCCCAUUUCUGCUGUUAUUGGUCUGGCAUCCUCUUCUCCAACAAGAGCUAUGGCUCAAACUCUUGGCUCGUUCAACAUCCCACUGGUGAGCUAUUUUGCUACUUGUACUUGUCUCACUGACAAGCAAAUAUACCCAUCAUUCCUGAGAACUGUGCCGAGUGAUCUUUUUCAAGUUAAAGGUCUCGUACAGCUGGUCACAUACUUUGGCUGGUUCUGGGUGGGCACAGUUGGAAUCACAGAUGACUACAGUCGCUAUGGAAUCCAAGAAUUCUCAAAUCAGUUUAAAUUACAGGGUGGUUGUGUGGAAUAUCAUCUCACUAUCCCACCAUCGCCCACAGCGGCCGACAUCCGGAAAAUGGCAGAUACAGUGCAGAUGUCAACAGCACAGGUUGUUGUGGUGUUUUCUAAUGAAGGACAACUACUGGAGCUGUUUUCAGAACUUGCUCAACGAAAUGUAACAGGACUCCAGUGGCUAGCGAGUGAAUCCUGGGUAGCAGCCACUCUUCUGACCACACCACACUUCCAUCAUCUUUUAGAGGGAACACUGGGAUUCACCUUCCCAGGAGUGUGGAUACCUGGGUUGAAGGAAUUCCUGCUGAAUGUUCGACCAUCUCCCAAACCAGGGAUGGAACUGAUUAACAUGUUCUGGGAAGAACAGUUUGGCUGUAAGCUCAAGUUUGAAGGAGACAAUUUAAAAGAAACUGAGACUGAUGCUCCGGACAACAUCAGACCUGUAUGUACAGGGUCAGAAGACCUGAGUCUGGCCUCCAGCAGUUAUACAGAUGUGUCUAAGGUCAGAAUAUCCUACAACGUGUAUAAAGCAGUUUUCACCAUUGCACAUGCUCUGCAUGCUUUAUUGAGUUGUGACUCAGCAGGGCCUAACAAAGGAACAUGUGCCAAACAGAGACAGUUCACACCAGACCAGUUGUUGUAUUAUUUGAAGAAUGUGAAUUUCACAAGCCAGUUUGGGGAGAAAAUAUAUUUUGACUCUAAUGGAGAGCCAGUCCCACGCUAUGACAUCAUCAACUGGCAGAAGGACACGCAGGGUCACAUGAGAUUUAUUAAAGUAGGAAGUUUUGAUGGUUCAGCACCACAGGGACAGCAGCUGCAGUGGGAUUUUUGCCACUUUUAUAAUUUUCAAAAAAAAAAAUUAAGUUUGAUAGAAAAGCAUAGAUGUGAUAUGUACUAUCAACCCCCUUUGUUUGUCCAGGUCCCUACAUCCCAGUGUAGUGUUCCAUGUCCUCCUGGCAGCAGACAGGCCACACGUCCAGGAGAGCCUCUCUGCUGCUUUGAUUGCUUACCUUGUGCAGAUGGAGAGAUCAGCAACCAGACUGGUUCGACUGAGUGCAUCAAAUGUCCAGAGUUCUUCUGGUCAGACCCAGAUAAAGUCAAAUGUGUUGCAGGGGUUGAAGAAUUUUUGUCUUUCAAUGAGACCAUGGGUAUCAUCUUAGUUACCCUCACUCUGCUGGGUGUUAUCCUGACAAUCAUCAUCACUGCCAUCUUUCACCAUUUUCGGACCACACCCAUCGUCAAGGCCAACAACUCUGACAUAAGUUUCUUGCUGCUCCUGUCACUCAAGCUCUGUUUCCUGUGUUCGUUGAUGUUCAUUGGCCAACCGUCCCUAUGGACAUGUAUGUUUCGCCAGGCAGCGUUUGGCAUCAGUUUUGUCAUCUGUCUGUCGUGCCUUUUAGUCAAGACUAUUGUGGUUCUUUUGGCUUUCCGGGCUAAUGUACCUGGCACCAAGGGUCAAGGGAUGUUUGGUCCAUCUCAGCAAAGGACUUUGAUCGUCGGUACAACAGCUCCUCAGGUAGAAGAAGUUUGUAACAGUCAUUCUAACUGUAUUUUGAAAGCCCAUGCAAGAGUGGAAUUUUUUAUUUCCACUUUUUAUAAAUAAUGUUUUUUGGCCUCAGAUGUGUCUGAGCUCAGGCUGGCUGUUGGGGGCUCCUCCGUUCCCCUUCAGGAAUCCAACAUACCAGGCCCUAAAUGGAAAAGUAAGAAAAACUAAUUCAACAUUAAAUAACAUUAAAGACAUACUAGAAUAUUUGGAAAGGCCAUUCUCAGUUGUAAAAUUCAGUCAGAAUACUUACUAAAAAAACACCAUUAUUUUGUUUUAAUCACA